UGGAAAACUCAGCUUUUUUGGCAUGCCCAAUUCUUUCUUCCUCCCCGUCCAGGGCGAGAGCGAUCAAGCGCAUCAUGCAACCCCUAGACGACCAAGACUUUAUUGCAAACUUUUUAUUGGAAGUCCAGCAAGAAGCCGAAAAUGCAUCUGCUGAGCUUCAAGCGCACCCGACGUACUCCCCAGCUGUCAUUCAAGCAGAAUAUCAAACUGCACCCUACACACUACCGACAACACAACUCUACACACAUACACUAGACGUUUCCAGUGUUCCAGAUCCAUUCUGGGAAGCCACAUUUCCUGACUGGACAGCCGCAGCACUCCAAACUGUACCGCCCCAGACCUUUUCCUUCCCUCAGACACUCCAACUUGUCCCGCCCUUUACUCCACCCACGCCACUCACUCCCUCUGUCCCAUCACAACGACAAGAAUCAAAGCAAAAGCAAUUGACGCCACCGCCUGUACCAUGUCCACCUCGCAAAAGAGAAGCCAGACGAAAGAAAACGGUCGAACAACCUGGGAUAUGUCUGGAGUGCGGGAACACGUUGGCGCUCUUCAAUAUCCGAGGAGACACAACAUUACUAGAUUCAGGGCUUGUGAUUGAGAUUCUGUGUGCUCAGUGCGCCGGUGCAAAUGCGAGUCAUGGCGGACCUACGAUGAACCGAUCUUUAUAUCCAAGCAUUGGUAGAAAGCGCGGACGGAGCCAAAUGGUUGAUUGUGAGAUUUGCAAGGAAAUGUUGGGGUGUGGACGUGUGCGGACGCUGGCAGAUGAUGAAGUGGAGUUGGAGAUUACGGUAGAGGCAGUCUGUCUCAACUGUAAGGGAAAGUAUGGAUUCUGUGGAAGUUGUGGAGGUGGUGGAAAGUAUCGGACGGGGAAAUAUCGACCGAUUGAACUCUUCCCGAAAAAUCGCAAAACAUGUCUGUUAUCCCAUGUUCGCGUCGGGAAUGCGAGACUUCACUACCAAGUCUAUACGGGAGCGGAUUUGCCACUGGAUCAACUUGAGCUUUUGUCAGAAGUCUAUCAUGAUGCUUUUCUAGCCUUGUAUGCCACUCCCAAAGUUAUGCACGAAGUUCCAGCAUUCGCCACCUUUGUUGGUUUAAACAACUUUUUGCGAGCUGCCUGGUCAGACGCCCUCGCCGAUAUUCUGCGCCCAGCUACACCGACAAGCACGUCGAUAUGGUACUGUGCGGCAGGGUGGAUCAUUAAUCCUCCACGAAAGAAGGGAAAGAGUACGCGACAUGUUCUGUUUGACAGCCAAGAUACAUCAAGCGAAGACUCGGGGCUCAACAGCCCACCAUCAGAUACUGGGACGUAUGCCGCCGAUCCACAAAAGUACAAUGUCUGGGCAGGCAAGGCCAGCCAAUCACCACAACAGCAACCACAAUGCAAUCCAACAGAGCGAUGCUACGUGGGCGUCUGCGCUUCUGAACACCAACUGCCAACCAACUCUAUCUACUUGGCGGAAGUUGGCGUCAUGCAAUCUGUGCAAUCCCAAGGUAUUGCUCAGGAACUCAUCUUACGAACCUUGAAUCGCAUUCAAAGCGAAUCGUUUACACCCAUCCGCUACGUCUGGCUCUUGACGCGCCGCAUCAAUCUUCCUAUGCAACGCUUUUCAGAAAAGUGCGGUUUCAUGCUGAAAGACUUGUUUGAACGAACGUAUCCCGAAUGUGUGGAUGAUGUCCGAUGGUUUGUGCGUGAAGGAUAUGACAUGAACGAGUAUAUUACAUAUGUCGCCAAAGUGGACCAAGUACAGAGUAGAGCGCGAGGUCGACAGGCCUUUGAUGGCGAUGGAUAAAUUUCCAAAAAGUAUCAUAUACUGUUGCUUUCAUAGAUGUUGUUCAUCAUAACUCUUUAGACUCGUUAUGUAUUAUUACUUUGGGUAUCCCCAACUCCCUCCCCCAACGUACAAAAAAAUAAAUUAUGUGGUGUGCGGGUGUGUAUAUAUAUACAAUGUACAUUCUAGUGGAUUUCGCUACCAAUC